ACGUUUUCGCACAGUGUAUUAAAUAGUUCGUCGAGACGGGCUCCCAAGUUUAGUGAUCUUUCAUUUUUCGGGUGAAUUUUGUUUAAAAAAAAAAUUGAUAAUAAGUGUCCACACGGUACGGUUGCAGUUUUCGUCACUCUCAUCUUCACUCUGGCUGCCGUCAAUUUCGCGGAACCAAUGCAAAACUUCUUAGAGUUGAAUCCAUACACACCUAAUGGGCGUAUCGUAGGAGGUGAACCAACAACCAUUGAAGCUGUUCCGCACCAGGUUUCCCUUCAAGCUUAUGGAUUCAGUUACUGUGGCGGCAGCAUUGUUUCUGAAACUUGGGUUUUGACCGCAGGUCAUUGCACAGUGAGUUAUCCAGCUAAGUGGAUAAGCGUUCGAGCUGGAACCACCCACUUCAGUUCAGGAGGAACUGUUCAUCCAGUUGCGAAAGUUGUCAGACACGAAAAUUACAGGACCAACUUGUAUGGUAUUCCCGAAAAUGACGUGGCAUUGUUGCAGCUGCAAAUACCCUUUGAGCUGGGAACAUCACGCCAACCAAUUGCUCUCUUUGAGCAGGAUGAAGAGGCUGUCGAAGGUUCAUUGGCAACAAUCACUGGAUGGGGCGCAAUUAGAGAAGGAGGUAGCACUUCCAAUGUUCUCCAGACUGUGGAUGUUCCCAUAGUUUCUAAAGCUGUAUGCAAUGAAGCCUAUGAAUCUUAUGGAGGAGUUCCUGCAGGACAGAUUUGUGCUGCUUACCCUGAGGGAGGAAAGGAUGCUUGCCAAGGCGAUUCGGGUGGCCCCUUAACCAUUGCUGGAAAAUUAGCUGGAAUCGUUUCCUGGGGUAAUGGAUGUGCGCGCGAGGGAUACCCUGGAGCCUAUACUGAGGUGGCAGCCUAUCGCAAAUGGAUCAUAGAGAAUGCUGAUCUUUAA